CAUGCGCAUUUAUGAUGAAGAUCCUACGGAAUCAGUAAAGACUAUAAAUAAUUGGAGAUUAUUAAAAAGUUAGUUUUUGCUCAAUAAAGCUUUUGUAGGAAGGGAGGUCUAACAUUUGGAUUCGCCAUAUGCAGCAGAGAGUAUAGCUGAUAUCUGUUAAACAUGUUCGCUAAAACACUUGCCUGGACUCUCAUCGUUUCUUUAUCCAUUUUUGGAUAUGAAGCUUCUUUGACAAUACCGUCAUCUAUGCUAUCACCUCUUGGGGUUCCAGAAGCGAUGGGUCCCGACAGUUUAACUGCACUCAAGUUUGCUGUAGGCGGAAGACUUUUAAACAUGUUAGGCACCGGAACUGUUGGCCAGAUUCCUUUUAUAAGUCAAGGUUCAAGCAAUUUGCUACCAGGUUUAGGAGGAUUUGGAUUAGGUGGGCUAGGAGCCCUUCCUCUAACUCCCCGUAGCAAAGAGUUUUCUAAGAGGAGAGGCCCAAAUAUUCCUACGACAUUUAACAUUCGCACAGCAACCCCGACUGAAAUAGAAAACUUUUUCGCAGUGUUGGACAAAGUUGAUGCGAACAAAUGCAUAUCAAGAUUAGUGUGUGAAGUUGGGUCUGAUCCUAAAGUACUUGAAGGCCUUGGGCACAACAUCAAAGAUGUUAUGACGUCUUUAAGAGUUCUGGAAAAAAAUGCUUUGUCAAGGAAGUACCGAGAAAUUAUGAUCCAGGGACAGAGACGUGGUAUGUCUGGUUGCAGGAAAGCUUACUCAACAUGCGAUCAAAAAUCUUACCGUUUAAUCAAGACAUUUGUAAAAGCAUUUAAAGUUAAAAACUAAGCUACUUGCGGAUUUAUAACUAUACAUUUUAUAUUUCACGGGUUUAAAACCUGGAUUGUCAAAUAAAAAUUUUGACACUAAUGUGUCGCUACUUUCAUCUGAA